UGUCAUUUGAAGAGAAGUGGAUUUCGUUUUCCUCUUUUACAAUUUCGCAAAAACCAUAAUAGUUUAAAUUCACUGUUUUGCAUAAAAUGCAAAAGGGUAAUAGGGAUAAAGUAUAUAAAGCAACUGCAAUAACAAUGUUAAAGAUAAAUCUAUAGUCUAGAAAAUUAAAAUAUUUUUUUCCUAGAAAGAUAGUGAACAAAAAUGAGCCAGAAGAAAUCUCAAUCAACCAUCUACAGAGAAAAAGGGAACAAGUAUUACUUGUCUUCUCAGUGUGAAGGAAUAAGUCCUUGUCUUCAACUUUCACGUUUAAAAGAUUCUCUCCUGUGGUACGAAAAAGCAAAACAUGCAAGCAGCAAACAAGACGAAAGAAGUUCAGCUGCCAAAAACAUUGCAGUGGCUUCAAAAAGAAUAGGUGUGUUUAUGAGUGAAAGAAAUAACUCGGUGAGAGAAAGGCAUUAUUAUUUUAAGGAAGCGUUGUCAAAUUUUGAUCUAUCUUAUCGUUUUGGUCAGAACAAGGAUCCCGAGUGGAUUAAUAAGCUAUUGGUAAGCUAUCGAGAAACACUCCAGCAAGCGAUCGAUGAUAUUAGCCUGCUGGAGUUUGAACAAAAAAUGCUGGCUUUGAGAGAUUACGCCGAGUGUAUUUUGAAUGCUUCUCAUAUACACAGUGAGUUGCUGUUGGAGAUUGCUAGCAUGAGAUUUCAUUAUGGCAUCUCAAGUUUUAAUAAAAAGGAUUACAAGACAUGCUUGUAUCAGAUGCAAGAGUGUUACAGACCUAUCGAAGAAGCUCGUAGACAUGGACGAAAUCAUACCUACGUAAUCGUGGAAGCUAAUGUUAUGGAGCAAGACAUUUUUCUGAAUACUUGUGUGGCAGAAUCUGCACAAGUCAGGUUAAAAGCCGACGAUGUACUGCACAGUCUGUUGAUGGACGAAGAAAAUCUAAGCAUGGAUAUGGUAUGGAAGGUUGUUGAUCUUUACAAAGAAGCAAUUAUCCUUACUAGAGAAAAGGAUGUGGAAAUGGAGGCGAUAGCUCUCAGCCGGCUUGGCAAUGUUUAUGAUAAAAUACUUAAGGACAAGUUAAAAGCAAAAGCAUAUUUUCGCAGAUCAAUCCAGCUAGCACUAUCUCUGCAUCCAAGAAUAUUUGAUGCUGAAGACUGGUACAAAGACUGUCAUAACGUUUUAGAAAGAUAUCAACAAGAAGUAGUGAAACAAGAAGCAGACGAGUGGAAUAAUGACAGAAAGUCAUACGUAGAAGAACUCAAAGACACAAUUAGGGAAGUCGAGAAAAUAAAAGAAAGAGGCGAUGAACCGUUUUUAAAGCAUAUAUACCGCCACCAUCCGCCUCUCGGUAGAAACUGCACCUUAGGAGAGUUUCCAUGUCGGGGAUCAGAUAUGUUUCGUACAGAGAUGAAGCAGUUGUUUCGGACUGCAGUUAUUCAUUACCAUCCCGAUAGAGUGGACGCAAAAAAAGAAGGUAAAAAGAUUAAAGUUCUUAUGGAGGAGAUUCACAAACUGCUGACACAGCGCUAUGAAUCCUACAAAUAAUACCAUGCACGAUUCACAAUCACGUUGUGUAGCUUGUCACAUUUUCAAACGAGCAAUAUUUGCUAGUGGAAAACUUAUAAUUUUCACUCCUGUAUUAAUUUUAAGUAGUAUAUAGUGUAUAAUGUUUAGUAGUCUCAAAUGUCUGAGUAAAUAUUGAAGAUGUCUAUUGUAGCAAAGCUGCUUUUAUUAUUUUUAUGUUUUAUUAUGUUUUUUCUUUUGGAGAUUUAAGAUUUAAAAACAUGGUAUGCAGUUAUGUUAAUUUGAUAUAAAAUUGUUCGUUUUUUCGUUGUAUAUAUUCCAAGUUAUGACUUUUUUUGCCACGGGUGGUUGCUUUAAGGGCAGAAACUUUUUGAUGCAAAAUUCCGCCUAUUUUUGACCUCGCAAAACUUUCUGUCCGUAAAGUAGUAUGUGUUCGUCAAAAAAUCAAUUUUAGCAUUAAUCAAUGUUUCAGCUUUGUCAAUUCUAACUCCAAUGUGACAAAAGGAAUGAAUGCGUGUUCUAUCUUCCAAUAGAAAUUAGUUGCUAUAGAAGUGACGUUGAAUUUAUAUAUUAUAUAGUGAUGUUACUUUGGAAAAUGACGCAUGUUAUAAUUGAUGUUAUUAGUUUUGUUUUGUUUUAACUGUAGUUAUAUUGCACGGUAGAUUAAAGUUUAAAUCAAACGCUGCAAAAAAGCUACAACUGAGCUAUUUGAACACGUUUUCUUCGUUCCUUAAGUUAUGUGAAUUUCAACAUUCAAUAAUUCGUAUAAAAAUGUUUAUGAUUUAAACAUAUUUUUGAAUUACUCGAAAUGUGCCAUGUAUGUGUUUAUCUUUGCCAAGUUCUUCGUUUUGUGUUCGCUGACGCUUAAUUUUGUGCGUACAUUCUCUUAUUACAGCCAAGCCAAGUCUACCGAGCUCAAAAACGGUGUACAGUGUCAUAUUGUAAUGUAAUCUUUUAUUUCAGUUGCGAUAUGUGUAAGCACCCUCUUCCUUAACUGUAUAAAAUUAUUUUUCUAUUGAAAAUGUAUAAAAAGAGAUUCUGUUUA